AUGGAGGGAAAGGGGAAAGGACGGGCAAUUGGGAUCGAUUUAGGGACGACGUAUUCGUGUGUGGCGGCAUGGCAGCACGACCGCAUUGAGAUUAUACCCAACGAUCAGGGCAACCGCACCACGCCGUCUUACGUAGCUUUCACUGACUCCCAUCGGCUCAUCGGCGAUGCUGCUAAGAACCAAGUUGCUAAUAAUCCCAUCAACACUGUUUAUGAUGCAAAGAGGUUGAUCGGUCGCAAAUUCAAUGAUCCAACGGUUCAGAGUGACAUGAAUUAUUGGCCGUUUAAGGUCGUUCCUGGCGCUGAUGACAAGCCUAUGAUCGCGGUAACCUACAGAGGGGAGGAGAAACUGUUUUCUGCUGAGGAGAUCUCCUCAAUGGUGCUUAACAAGAUGAAGGAUAUUGCCGAGGCGUAUCUUGGAUCAGCUGUCACGGAUGCUGUUGUCACCGUUCCUGCUUAUUUCAGCGACUCUCAGCGUCAGGCCACCAAGGCUGCUGGAGCUAUAGCUGGUCUAAAUGUUAUGAGGAUCAUCAAUGAACCUACCGCUGCAGCCAUUGCUUACGGGCUGGAUAGGAGCUACUACCGCAAAGAAUUUGCUACGAUUGAGGCAAAUGUCACUGAAGUGAAGGCUAUUACCGGGGAUACUCAUCUUGGAGGCCAAGACAUGGACAACAGGAUGUUGAAUUAUUUCAUGAAUGAGUUCAAAAUCAGGAAGGGUAAGGAUAAUAGCGGGAAUCCAAAAGCGGUUUGGAGAUUGAGGACCGCUUGUGAGAGGGCAAAGAGGGUACUUUCCUCCACAUUUGAAACCCCAAUCGAGAUUGAGUCGUUGUGUGAGGGGAUUGAUCUGUUUUUCACUGCUAGUCGUGCUAAAUUCGAAGAACUUAACAUGGAUUUAUUUGACAAGUGCAUGGAGCUGGUUGAGAAAUGUCUGAGUGAUGCGAAGAUGGAGAAGAGCAGCGUGGAUGAGGUGGUGCUUGUGGGUGGGUCGAGCAGGAUUCCCAAGGUGCAGCAGCUGUUGCAGGGGUUGUUAGGUGGGAAGGAGGUGCGUAAAACGAUUAAUCCAGACGAAGGCAAGCUGAGUAAUGAAGGCAGGAUUCCCAAGGUGCAGCAGCUGUUGCUAGCUGCCAAGCUGAGUAAUGAAGGCAAUGAGAAAGUGCAGAAUUUGGUUCUUUUGGAUGUUACUCCUUUGUCUCUUGGUGUUGAAGUUAUUGGAGAUGUGUUGAGUGUAGUUAUUCCGAGAAAUACAUGUAUCCCGAUAAGGAGGGAAAAGGGUUUUACCACGACACGUGACAAUCAGACGAUUGUGAGUUUUGCUGUGUAUGAGGGCGAAAGAAGCAAGGCAACAGACAACAAUCUGCUAGGGGAAUUCAUACUGCAAGGCAUUCCCGAGGCGCCCAGAUGUGUUCCUAAAAUCAAAGUGUGGUUCGACAUCGAUGAGAAUGGUAUCAUGAAUGUGUCAGCGGAGCACACAGAGAGUGGAGUGAAGAACAGCAUCACCAUCACCAACCACAAGGGCAGGCUGUCCAGUGAAGAAAUCGAGAGGAUGGUUGGGGAGGCGGAGAAGUAUAGGUUGGAGGAUGAGAAACACAAGAAGAAGGUUGAGGCGCGGUAUGCUGUGGAGCACUACGCGUACAACAUGAGGAACGCUAUUAGAAGUGCAGCAAAGCUAACAGCAGAAGAAAAGGAGACAAUGGAGGAUGCGUUCAAGUCUUUUGUACAGUGGUUGAUCUUCAACGAACAUGCGGAAGUUGAUGACUUCAAAGGCAAGAUGAAGGAGCUCCGGACUGUUUUCGAUCCCAUCAUCCACAAAAUGAAUUAA